AGCGACAACGUCCGCAGCGCGAUGGCUCCGCAGCGGCGGGCGGGGCCCAAGGCUGCCGAGAGCGGCGGGGGCAGCGCGGGGACCUGGGCGGACAGGGGGGAGCGGAGGCGCCUCAGCAGUGUGAGAAAAAGCAGAGCCCACCAAGAGUCACGGAGGAAGUGGCUGAAAGUCGCAUUCCUAGUCUCCUCUGCUGUCCUCGUUAGCCUCUUGAGCUGGAGCUACUUGGUCAGCGAAGAUGGGGUCGCCGAGGUUCUGGCUCAUUACAGCGAAAGUCUGCAGGACAGAUUCAUUGAGGUGCCCUGCUCCGAGGACUACGACAGCCAUAAAAGAUUUGAAGGGUGCACUCCUAGAAAGUGUGGAAGAGGCAUAACAGACGCAGUAAUCACCAGGGAGGAAGCUGAAAGAAUCCGUAGAAUAGCGGAGAGGGGACUGUCCUUGGGAGGAUCUGAUGGAGGGGCUUCAAUCUUGGAUUUGCAUUCUGGAGCUCUUUCAGUGGGGAAGCAUUUUGUUAAUCUGUACAGAUACUUUGGGGAUAAAAUCCAAGAAGUCUUUACAGAAGAGGAUUUCCAAUUAUACCGUGAUGUAAGGCGGAGAAUUCAGCAAACAAUAGCUCAGGCAUUUGGUAUCAGCUCCUCUUCCAUGUAUCUGACCAAGCCAACCUUCUUCUCAAGAAUAAACAGCACAGAGGCCAAGACAACGCAUGAUGAGUACUGGCACCCGCACAUUGACAAGGUAACCUACGGCUCCUUUGACUAUACAUCUCUGCUUUAUCUGUCUGACUACACUGAAGAUUUUGGUGGUGGUCGAUUUGUGUUCAUGGAUGUCGGUGCUAACAGGACUGUAGAACCCCGAGCAGGUCGGGUUUCCUUUUUCACCUCUGGGUCGGAGAACCUUCAUCGAGUGGAAAAGGUUCGCUGGGGCACUCGCUAUGCCAUUACCAUCUCCUUCACUUGCAAUCCCGACCACGGCAUUGAGGAUCCAGUCUUAACAUAAUGCGUCCUGGGAGAGAAUGUGAGGUCAAAUGGAAUGAUAGGAGAAGCCCUGCAAGGGGAGAAAAUGGAGAUAAUUUCCUGUGUAAAUUCCCAAUCAAUUAAAAUUUCCCUACCCUGUAUUUAAUAUAAUGUAACAUCAUUUUCACACAUCUUCCUCCAUAAGUGUUGCAAACAGUGCCUUAAGGACCAUAUUUAAUUCAACAUUCUGUUUAAAAAAAGGGUGGGGGUUUUUUUAUUCGUCCAAUUGAGGAAACAAGUCCUUUUUUAUUUUAGGUUACUUCACUUUGAGGAAUGCAGAGAAAACUUAUUGAACCAAGUUCUGCUGGGCCCUAUGCCAUUGUUAGCUGGUGUAACAGACCAGAAUUUGGCCCUUUAAAUCUUGUCAUCUCCAUCUGGUCACAACACCUAUGAUAGAACAAGAAGGACAUUAUCCUCAUGUUGGCCAGCCUUUGUUCUUCUUGCAACGGAUUCUCUUAGUCAUGGGCAUUAUUUGCAAACACACGUGGUUUUGUCUACUGGAACUUACUUGAACUGUUCUUUAAAUUACUACAGAUAUUUAAAGCUAAACACAGGGGGCAGGGAAGGGGGAAGACAUGGUCUUACCUCACCUAAUGCAGGUGAGGAGUGUUUAGUAUCAAAUAAAAUUAGGAAACUAAA